AUGCAUUCCAUCCAAUCUAUCAGCCUGGCGUUCAUCGCCCUCCUCGCCACGACCAAAGCUCAGGUGAGCCUUGACGACGGCGGUACCUUCGGUGGCUGCCCCGGAGGCUGCUGCAUCCCUGUCUGCAACUUCAUCGUCGGCGACCAAGAUUCUCUGGGCGCAUUCGGAACAGUGGAUUUUGCUGGCACAUGCAAGCAAAACUUCGAUAUGAAGAACGGGGGUACUCAAGACUUGGAUGACGACUACCAGGCAACUUGGGUCUACGAGCAGAAUGGGCCUGGUUCCGUUGCCAUCGAUCUAUUCCGCAAGAGCGACAAGAUUUACAAUCGUUUCGAGGUUUCCAACUGUCAGUUGGCUAGUAUUGGUGGAACGCAGUGCGCUCCUGCUGACGGAGGCUGUGACUUGAAGCUGAUCCUCACUGAGGCCCAGGGUUAG